AUGGUUAUCGUGGAGCCACAUCGCGACAAAAUUUCGCGACGAAGAUAUCAAUUUGAUUCUCCGGGAACCCCGGACGAUAGUCCGGAAGGCUCGUUCCAGGGACAUUCGGAUGAUGUGGACGAAUAUGAUGAACAGGGUGGAACCGGUUUGGAAGAGACCACCAAAGAAUCCACCGAUUCGGAUGAGAAAUCUCAAAACAAAACACCAUCCGAUGAGAUUCUCACAAGUGUCGAUCAUUCGGACACGAAAUUGGACCAUGUUGGUCCGUUAUGCGAACUCAGUCCACUCUAUAUACCGAAUCACUAUGAGUCUCUGCCGGACCGAUUUGAUCCGGAUCAAUUUCCACAAUCCUAUCGGGAGAAUAAUAGCAAAGAAGCGCGUCUGUUAGAUUAUUGUGAAAAUUUUCGACGUCAAUAUGCCACUCUGUGUCCGGAUCGUACCCGGCUACUCCUGGCCCCGGAAAAUGAAUGUGGUGUGGAGAAAUUUGUUUGCACCACAUUGCAUCCGAUCUAUCUACCCUAUCCGGACUUGUACACGUGGGAUGGAGCGGCCAGUUUUGUGGCCGAUUUUCUCCAAUUCGUUCCUUUGGUCCCGUCCACGGAAUUGCCCAAACGAUUGCUCAGCCCAUCCACUGUGGCCUCUAUACAGAAGGGUACGUGUUUCGACUACGCGACACUGUUGUGCUCUCUACUGCUCGGUGUAGGCUACGAUGCCUAUGUGGUCAGUGGUUACGCAACACGGGAAUGUUGUUACAUGGAUGAGACCCGAUUACUCUCGCCAUUUCAAACCAAAGAAGCGGAAAUCAAACCAUCCGAGGAGGAAACAGAAUCGAAAAAGUAUGUGAUCAAACAGCCCAAAGAUUUGACUUCCCAAUACGAACAAGCUUGUAUGGCCAAAGAGAUUAAUGCGGAAGUGGAACGUGCUCAGAAGGAAAAAGAACGACUGGAACUGGAAGAUGAAGAAGCGAAUAAACCACCCAAAGAUCCUCUGUUCGGUCUGCGUGUCCAUGCAUGGAUUCUUGUCCUGGCUGGCAAACGUGAAGUUCCCGAGGCAUUCUUUAUCGAACCGUUGACAGGACUAUCCCAUCCACUUGAUACACCAUUGUAUUUGGGUAUCGAGAGUUUGUGGAAUGCGACAAACUAUUGGGUGAACAUGCAAGACUGUUCUACGGGAAUAGCUCAUUUGAAAUAUGAUUUAGAGAAUGGACUCAAUUGGGAAUAUUUGUUACCUAGCGGAAGUCUUCGACUUCGAGCCGGUCUGAACGAUAUCGAUUUUCCCCGGAAUCAAAUCUCAGAAACAUCCGAUUUGACCUGUGAAGGUUUACACGUUCAGUCCACAUUGAAUUUCGAACUGAUCAGUCACGAUUCGACUCAGAGCAGUCAUGUGGCCCCAGUCCCACCGGCUCCAAUGGCCAAUUCAUUGGGUAUCGGAUCUAACCGUCUGUUUCGAACAUCCACUUCCGGGGAUGUACCCAAAUUGACCGGGACCAAACAGGUCGCUUCGCGUUGUCGAGUGGAAAAAUUUGCCCCGUUCUCGGAAAACGAUGGUGUCAUUUUCAGGCUGACCAAUUAUGAGGAUGCAGAACGCACGCAACCGGUUGAUGUGUUGGAAAAAUUUGCUCAACGUGCUGAUAAACUGUUAAGCCGAUUCACCGUGGUGAAAACAAAACAAGUUACCGAAACAUUUGAUCAUGGACGAAGUGGGACCCAUUUGGCUGAGCACAUUUACUAUCGUCAUCAACAAGCUGCACAGACCAAUAGAACAAUGAAAUUCUAUCACGUGGCUCGUGUGGACGGGCUGGAGAAACGAAUUCAAACCCCGACCACAAUGCAGGAAUUUUAUGUCGGACGUAAAGAUCGAAUGUACUACCGGGAAGUGUUGUUCGGUGGAAAGAUUAAAAAAUUCGGUCCGGCUCAAGUGGCUAAAGAUACCGAGGGUGGUGCACUGGUUUGUGUGACCACAACCAGUCAGUUGAAUAUCGAUCGAAUCACCGAACGAUUCUCACGUGACGAGUCGAAGGAUGCAGAUGACGACCUGGCUGAACGGAUAUUCUACAUUGCCGAGGAUCGUAUAUUUCUAACUUAUCAUAUUGGAGAGGAUCGGAUCGCUCCGUGCACACGCGAAUUCAUCAAACCGCCUCCGUCAGAUGAUAGGAGAAAUUCCAUUCAACUCUAUUCGGAUACACACUCCACAUUUCAGGUGAGAUCACCAUUCAGUCCCGUCCGCAAUCCUAUUUCGUGUAAGUUGUGCAUGAAUCAAAGAUAA